AUGGCUGCCUCUGAUCCUCUCGAUGUGGCCUACUCUACAAUGGUCAUCUCUAUUAUUGUCAUCUCCAUUGUCCUAUCUUUGAAGUUGAUGAGAUGGCUGGAGAAAAGGCACUAUCAUCAAGUGAUUUUGAAAGUUCGCUCGAAGAGGGAAAAAUCAUUAAAUGACAUGAAACAGGUUAUGGAUGUGAUUAAAACGAUGGGCACUUUUCAAACAAAAAUUGACCAUGAACUCCUUCUCUCACUCCGUGACCUCUGUAAAUCAAUAAAGAAUGGGGAUGUGUCAGCAAGUUACAUACUGCAUGCCUACAUGGACAAAGCUUUGGAAGCCACCAAAAAAUUCAACUGCAUCACAGAAUUUCUUCCAGAAUGCCAAAUGGGGCUUUUAAAACUGCAUCCAAUGAAUAAGGGCCUACUGUAUGGGAUCCCCAUCAGCAUCAAGGAUAACAUUAACUGCAAGGGCCAUGCUUCAACUUGUGGACUGAAGAAAUUUCUAAAUAAGAUUGUCGAUGAAGACUGUGUAAUAGUUCAGGUAUUGAAGAAACAAGGAGCAAUUCCAUUUGUGAAAACCAAUGUUCCUCAGACAUUAUUCAGCUAUGAGUGCAGUAAUCCCAUUUAUGGUCAAACUGUCAACCCACUCGACACCAAGCGGACAUGUGGAGGGUCAUCUGGUGGGGAGGCUGCCCUGAUCGCAGCGGGCGGCUCCAUCCUUGGCAUCGGGACAGAUGUGGGUGGCAGCAUACGCUUUCCAGCUGCCUUCUGUGGAAUCUGUGGCUUCAAGCCAACGGCAAGCCGAUUGAGCAAAAAGGGGUUGACAGUUAAUACAACUGGACAGAGAACAGUUGAAUCAUCUGUUGGUCCACUUGCCAGAGACGUGGACAGCUUGGCUUAUUGCAUGAAAGCUCUACUGUGUGAAGAAAUGUUCGAGUUGGAUCCUAAUGUGCCACCUAUGCCCUUCGAUGAUAUGAUCUAUACUGCCAUCAAGCCGAUGAAGAUAGGCUACUUUGAAAAUGAUAGCUACUGGAUCCCAUCGCCAAGCAUGAAACGUGCAGUAUUGGAAACAAAACAACUGCUGACGGAUGCCGGACACACGUUGAUAUCAUUCACGCCACCAAAAAUGUUCUAUGCUAUGAAUGAAAUAAUAUUUCAGGGACUUCUUGCAGACAGUGGUUCGACAUUCCUGGAAAACCUUAAAGGCGACAUUAUCGAUCCUCACAUAAGCGCUCAGGUAUCUGCAUAUGCUCUGCCCAGAGUAAUGAAAAAGCUCUUGUAUUUAAUUUUGAAGCCUUUUUUUCUCCAGAGUCCCAGAGUUGCUGCGGGAUUUAAGGCAAUAUUAGGAAUAGGGUCAGUUAAGGAACUGUGGAAGCAUCACAUUGCAGUUAUGGCAUACCGUGAUGAAUAUAUGAAUGCAUGGAAACAUCAGCAGAUUGAAGUUUUACUCUGUCCAUCAAUAGGACCUGCAUUCAAGAUUGGAUAUGCAGGAAAAUUGUCAGCUGCAUCCAGUGGCAUGAUUAUUUUCAACCUGUUAAAUUUCCCUGCGGGCGUCGUGCCGGUGACCAGAGUAACGGAGGAUGAUGAGAGACAGCUGAUGAAUUAUACCGGUUACAUUAAUGAUAUCUGGGACAGAACUUUCAAGGAGGCUGUGACAGGAGGUGUUGAUCUUCCUAUAUCUGUGCAGUGUGUGGCCUUACCCUGGCAAGAUGAACUCUGUCUUCGUUUCAUGAAGGAAGUGGAAAGACUCGUUAAUUUAAAGAAAAUUACAUAGCUACUUCUGGAACAGAGCAAAACAAAAUGGUAGAAUAAUCUCGGUGACAUAGAGCGAGACUUGCUCUGAGGAUGAUUUUAAAGAAUCAGUCUCUUAAUGUCAAUGAGCUUGAUUAGCUCUUACAUUUACAAUUGUACAUUUCUUCUUGUAGGACAUUUUCAUGGAUGAUAAUGAGGUGAUUAUCUCCUUGUAUUCAUCUCAGAGUUACUCACAAUCAGUUUGUUGGAUGAUAAUGUAGCACUCAAUGUUUAAGCAAAGUAAUUCAAAAACUUGAGCCGAAAUAUAUCAAAUAAAAAUAUUCAAAUU